CUUCAACGGAACAGGGAUGAAUUGCUCUGAACCCGGAAUAAAUUUCCAACAUACAUUUUACACCGCCACUUACUCCAUCAUUUUCAUCCCAGGCCUCCUAACCAACAGCAUUGCUCUGUGGAUGCUCUGCCUCUUUAUCCGAAAGCAAAACAAAGCCAUCAUCUUCCUGCUGAACCUGGCCACCGCGGACUUCAUUCAUGUCCUCUCCUUACCUCUGCGGAUUUAUUAUUACAUCAACUACAAGUGGCCCUUUGGACUCUUCCUUUGCCAGCUUUGCUUCUACUUGAAGUACCUGAACAUGUACGCCAGCAUUUGUUUCCUCACCUGUAUCAGCAUGCAAAGGUAUCUGUUCCUACUCCAUCCCUUUAAGGCCAAAAACUGGAAGAAGGGCUACGAUGUGGCCAUCUCGGCUGCCAUCUGGUUGGUGGUUGGCAUCACUUGUCUGACCUUCCCAUUGCUGAGGAACACCCAGAGCUCCGAAGCUUGCUUCUCCGAUCUCAAGAUUGAAAAGUUCCAAAACAAGGCGGCUUUGAUCGGGAUGCUGAUGGUCGCCGAGCUGAUUGGGUUCUUGUUCCCUCUUGCAAUCAUUGUCUAUUGCACUUCCAAGAUCAGAGCUUCCCUCCAGGAAAACCAAAUGCCUUUACAAAACGCCGGUGAAAAACGGAAGGCCUUACGGAUGGUGUCCAUGUGUGCCGUCGUGUUUUUUGUGUGCUUCGCCCCUUAUCACGUCAUGUUUUUCUUCUUCAUGUUGGUAAAAGAAGAUGUGGUGAGGGGCUGUGCUGUAAAGCAAAGUAUCUUGUACCUGCACCCCUUUUUCUUAAGCCUUGCAAGCUUCAACUGCUGCCUGGAUCCAUUCCUGUAUUUUUUUGUGACAUCUGAAUUCCAUGGUCGGAUGCCAAGCUACCGGAGCUUGUCCUUCAGAAGUCGUUUGAUAAGCAAGGAAAGUGCUUCUUCUGUGAAGGACUAAAUUAGCUGGACUUCAAGUUGGACAAAGGAUUGGAGGAUCUACAGGAGACGCCUUAAGCUCUGGUAGUUCAGACUGCAUCUCCUGACACCCUG